AAUCCUGAUUUGACAAGGAUUCAGGAAUCUAUAUAUAACCCUCUUAAUUUCUAACACACACACCACAAAGUAGGCAAUACAUCACUCGAUAUAUUCCAAUCAUUAUUGCCCAAUGUGCAGUAUCAUCCAACACUGACCUUGUGAAGAACAACACUGAAAAUCAACUUUGACCGGAGUUAAUGCUCUCAAGGCAUUAACAGAUUAUGUCCUCAAUAUUCAAGGUUUAGACACCCCCAUUCCAGUCCACUAACGUUAGACUUACAAUUCUGUUCAACCCUUCUGGGCUCUUUGUCCUUUCAUAUUGUUCGACGGCUGCCAUCUGCUGUUUUAUGAUAACCGGCUUUGGCUUUAAAACGCCCAAACAUCCACGUACCGAUUACACACUGUGAAUACCAUUGCUUUUACUAGUUGGACUUCAUGGCAAUGAGAAAAGGCUCUGUGUUUUUGUUGAUUGACCCAUAUGUAAAUUGUUGCCGGGAUAAUAAACCUAACGGUGCGUGUUUGCCUGGUGACGUCAGCGGACCAACUUGAGACGCCGCUCUGCGGUCUGGACUGAGGGGCGACGACCCAGCCUCCCUGGCUCUAUGUAAAACCUAAUGGGAUGCAUUGUAUUUCACGGGAGCCGUGGCAAAAUGUUACUCGUCUCGCAUCCCUGUGGGUUUUCCAAGGACGCCACCUAAUGUCCUAUUCCCUCGGACGAUGAUACGAAGAGCGAGUUUGUUUGAGGAAGUUGAAGAUGAGAACGUGGACUCGGGAGCCGAAACAGCCGAAUCAGAUAGCAGUAAAAUGCCGUCGUCCACCAAAGAGCUGAGGGCCAGGCGGUUGAAAGAGCAGCAGCAGCAGGUGUUUCUGGUGAACCUGCACCUCCUGGCCAACCCCGGAGACUCUCUGCUCCUCCAGCACACCGCAGACCAACUGCUGUGCUGGCUCUGCCCUAGCCUCCGCAUCUUCCAUGUGUCAGAGCGGGCGUCUCCCCUCCGCGAGUACUCCCGUCCGUCCCGUCUGGGCCCCCUGACAGGCUACCCUUCCCUGGCCGUCACCUUCUUCCUCCACGAGGUCUACGGCGAGGAGAGGAUCCUGCGGGUCCUGGACUUCUUCCAGCGCCCGCCGUGGCAGUACCACCACACCGAGAGCUGCGGGAGCCAGGGCGGCGGCGGACACAUGGACCCCCGCAGCCCCCCGGCCCAGGCCCCGAUGAGGCCCUACCUGCUGCCGAGCCGCGACUUCUACAGCCUGGGCGCGGGCAUGCCCGUGUGGGGCGUGCGGCCGGUGCACUGCGGGGGCGAGACGCUGCGGGUGACGCUGUUCAGCGCGCACGACAACUACGAGGACGAGGUGCGGCUGUACGAGACGGUGCUGCAGCAGCGCGCCGAGGAGCAGAAGACGGGCUUCUGCUGGUUCACGCUGCACACAGAACCAGGGCUGUGCCUGCAACUGGCCAUCAAGCAGCUGCCGCCGGGGGUCCGGGUGGAGCCCUGCUCCUCCGCCGUGCUGCAGUUCAGCGUGGAGGAGGUGGGCCAGCUGGUACCCCUGCUCCCCAACCCCUGCACCCCCAUCAGCACCAACCGCUGGCAGACAGAGGACCUGGACGGAAACAAGAUCCUCUUCCAGGUUAAAACUUCGGCCCUACCCCAGCGACCUCUGACCUCUGCCUUUGCACUGAGCUGCUCCAAAAGCUCCCUGCUCGGGCUGCAGCUGAGGGGCUCGGGCCACGCCCCCCCCACCGGCCAGACCCCCGGCCUCCCCGCUCCCUCUGGUCCCCUCGCAUCGCCGGCCCGGCCCGGGGGCAGGACAGGCCACCGGCUCUCCGUCGAGCAGAGCAGCGAGAAGCCGUACGGAGGAGGAGGAGGUGGAGGAGGAGGUGGAGGAGGAGGAGGAGGAGAGAGCCAGGUCCCGGACAGCUGCUGCAGCACGCCUCCGGGGAGCUCCUGCUACUCCUCCCAGCGCAGCAGCCCCGCCCUGCCCUCCUCCUCCUCCACCUCCUAUCCCCCCGACUCCCCCCUGCGCCCCUCCAUCUCCCGCUCCCUCUCCCACCUCCUGCUGGAGGCGGAGGAGCCCGAGACCAACGUGGACACGGGGGCCGCCGUCUCGCCGCUCCGUUCCCCCGACGCGGGCGGCGGGCCGGCGAGCCGCUCCUCCUCCUGCUCCUCCUCCUCCUGCUCCUGCUCCUGGUCGGCGGAGCCGCAGCAGGAGAGGAGGCCCCCGGCCGUGGGCGCCUCCUCCGCCCUGGAGACUCUGGCCAGGGAGCUGAGCGAGUGCCUCCCCAAGGCACGCGCCACCCCCUCCCCGGGGCCCCCCAGGACGCGGGGCCCCGCCGGGUCUCCGGGGACGCCGGGGGCCAGGGAGGGGUACGCCCGCAGGACGCUCGGCGCCGGUCAGAGCCCCUCCAGGGGCCCCCCGGUGGAGACGGGCAGGACUACGGCCGAGCUCGGUCACCACGAAGCCCAGACGGCGGGACACGGCCACGAGCCGAUGGACGAGUUCUUUAUCUGAGUCCUGAGUCCUGAGCGAGGGGACGGGGCCAGAGAUAUCAGUGAGUGAGUCAUCCUCGUGAAGUCAUUCCACGCGUUGGUGGGGAAGAGAGAGGAGCCCUCCGCACUUUCCCUGGAGUGAGGUUAUACAUUUGAACACAAAAGCAUUUGCUGCGGGGGCAGGACAAAUGAGCAGAGCCCUGUGGUUAAGGUUUAGCCACCAUGGAUAUUUUUGACAGUAACGUGUCGUUUUAUGUAACGUGUACUUUGUUGGCCUUUAAUAUUGCCACAUGUGGUGUCUAAUGUUUCACUUUUUAGAAGUCAUAAUCAUGUUUAAUGUCUUGUGUUUUUUAUGUGUAUUUAUAUCUGGUUUUUUUUACAAUGUUUGAGCCACUUCAAAUGGACAACGGUAGUCCUGGAAAAAGCUGGCAAGGAAGGAAAUGUUUUAACUUAUUUAACAUAAGCCAAUCAUACUUUUUAAUCCCGGUUGGUGUUGAUCUUUCGGCUGAACCACAAACUUGAUGAUCUUGGUGUUAUGAGGCCUUUCAAAGUGUCUAAUAUUGUGAUAUCUAUACAUAUGCUAACCCCUUGAAAGCACAGGAGACCUGUAUCCUCUUUAGAUGGUUCUGCAGUGAGUUUGGUUACAGCAGACUGAAUCACCCAUAUGGCACUAUGUACUGACCGCGUUUAGGUUUCUAUCAUUCUUAACAUGUAAUGAUGUGUUCUUUUAUAGUCUUCGCCAAAGAACAUUACUGAAAGCCUGUAUCGAUAUUACUGGUAAGAAUAAAUAUUUAUUGGGUCUCUCAUA